AUGGAGACUUCGGUGCUUAGAGAACAGAAACUUGUCACUGCGGACAGCUUUCUUGUUUUCACCUCGAAAGGCGAUUUGGAGAGCACAAAGAAUCGGGCUGUUGUAAACUCACAUGUUUCAAGAUAUGGGAGGCGCAAGAAGCGAAAGUUGUUCACCGGCCAGACCAAAAGUAUCGUCCAAACGUUUCUCACCUGGAGAACGAGGACAGCGGAAAUACCUACAGUGCAAAGUUUGGCUGAUGUCUCUCCCCAGCGCCUGCGGGCAAUUGGAGCCGUGAUCAACACGAUCCCGCGGUCUUUGGAUCCUGACGUGUCCUUAGCGCAAUUCUUCCAAGCCAAUGCGCUCCUUUUCCUACCCGGUCAAGUUAUGUUAGACGCCGGCAAUCCUUACGCCACGGCAUUCUUUUCCACUAUAGACUUCAAACCUAUCUACCAUGCAGUUAUGGCAGUGUUCAUGAGUUGGCUAUCUACACAAUAUCCAUCAAAAUAUCCAACCUCCGCAGCUCUGUAUCAUCAAGGCAAAGCCUUGCCUUUGCUGAGACAACGACUCGCCAGAGCUCUGCACAAUGAUGAAACUUUCAUAUGUAUCCUGUGCGCAAUGCAAACAGAGGCUUUGAUGGGUGACGAACAGGCACUCGUAGCCCAUCAAGUCGGUUUAAAUACGCUCUCCAAAGUCAUGUCGGGUAAACUAAAUGACUACUGCCAAUCUCUUAGAAGCAGGCAUGAAUAUCUAGUAACUCGGCCUGACAAAGCUCGAUCAUUGACCAAUGAAUUCGUUACGCGAAAUCAGCCACUACGAUACCUGAAACUUCCUUAUCAGCACGAGGUCAUCGAUAUGAUCUCCAUGCUACCGCCUGUUCUCCAAGAGUUAGCAUACGAGGAAGGUGGCUUGAGUCUUAAUAUGAUCUCUUAUCUAGCCGAAUUUGCAGUAUGGGCAAGACAAGCUCUUUCAAACUUAUCACCAAUCUCAACAAAGCAUGAUUUCAAUACAGGAGGUCCUAUAUAUGGUAUGCUGACUCAACUGUGGGGUAUUUUAAGUGGAUUGGAUCCGCAAUCGAGGCCACUGGAAAGAAUUCUCUGCAUCGCUCAUUAUCUCAUGAUGAUGAGUUCAUAUUACCGCAGGAUUGUUCAACGCAGAAGAAAUUUUUGUGAUCUUCGUGCAGAAGCCACAGCUAUUGCUCUGACUUUUCAACCUAGAAAUCAGGCGGAACGCGAUAACCUCAUCGUUCAUGGCAUGCUAAUCACUCAAACAUGGAAGACGUCUAGUGUGCUGGAAGAACCAGGCAUACAAUUGCUGCAUAGUCUCAAGCAGCGUUUCAGGGAGGCCUCUCGAUGGGAAACUCUAGAGGUUGUUCUGAAAAAAUUUCCAUCAAUCGCCCCGGCCAUGGCGGAGAAGAAGGAUUGCUGGUUACAGAGUUGCACGGAUUAG